AUGGUGAAAGUGUUUCUUGUCAUAUUGAAACUUCUGCUGAUUCUAAUAUCUGCCGGUUGGAUAUCUCUUUGGCUUCUUAAGCCGACAGAAGUCUGGACGAGAAAAUGGAAGGGAGCAGAAGAAAAAGCCACCGCUACCGUGUUGGGUUAUAACGGUCUUGAUUUUGCUGUCUACACAUUUCCUAUAAUUGCUUUGGGUAUAUUUGGUUUCAUUUACUUGGAACUGAAACCAAAGGAACCAAAAAUAAGGCCAGGAAGAAGUUCAAUCACUGCUCUCUCCAAUCCGCUUAUUAUCAAUCGUUAUCUAGGAAUCUUAUCUGCAAUCGAGAUCCUUGCUUCUUCUCUGUUUAUCAUCUUUCUAAUUUGGACCUUCUAUGCCCGCAUUUCAAAUGAUUUCAGAAAGAUGAUACCAGUCAAAUCAUUCAAAUUGACUCCAUGGCAGUACAAAAUGUUCAGGAUGGCUACCCGGUGUGGUUUGCUGGCAGAAGCUUGCUUAGCACUGAUUCUUCUACCCAUAUUGAGGGGGAUGUCUAUAUUUCAGCUACUUGGCAUCCAGUUCGAGGCAUCAGUGACAUACCACAUUUGCUUAGGCACAGCCAUGAUAUUUUUCGCAACUUUACAUGGGGCAGGAACCCUUUUUAUCUGGGGAAUUAAACAUAGAAUUCAAGAUGAGAUGUGGAAGUGGCAAAAGACAGGCCGCAUAUACCUUGCUGGUGAGAUAACCCUUAUCACAGGUUUAGUCAUUUGGAUCACAGCAUUGCCACAGAUAAGAAGGAAGUGGUUUCAGACCUUCUACUACUCACACCAUCUUUAUAUAGUCUUCCUGGUAUUCUUUUUGUUCCACGGUGGAGACCGACAUUUUUAUAUGGUUUUUCCUGGAGUUUUUCUCUUUGCCCUGGAUAAGCUGCUCCGAAUCAUCCAGUCGAGGCCAGAGACAUGCCUUCUUUCUGCUCGAGUCUUCGCAAGCAAAGCCAUUGAACUGACUUUGCCGAAAGACCCAAGGUUGAAGUACACACCUACAAGCGUGAUUUUUGUGAAGAUACCAAGUAUUUCAAAGUUCCAAUGGCAUCCUUUUAGCAUAACUUCUAGCUCCUGUGUCGAUGAACACACUAUCUCGAUCAUUAUCAAAUGUGAGGGACAAUGGACAAGUUCCCUCUAUAAUCAAAUUCAUGUUGAAAAAGAUUCAGAAUCUGAUUUAAGGAAGUGCAUUCCGAUUGCAACAGAAGGUCCUUAUGGACCUGCCUCACUGGAUUUCCUAAGGUACGACCAUCUGCUUCUAGUCGCUGGAGGAAUUGGGCUAACACCAUUUCUGAGCAUUUUGCAAGAAAUUGGCUCCAAACUUAACAAUAGCAGAAAUAAAUAUCCCUCUCGAAUACAAUUCAUCUACACUGUAAAAAAUUCUCAAGAAGUUUGCUUGUUAGAUCCAAUUCUACCUCAGCUUCUAGACGUUGAACAAUAUCAUAUAAGACUUAAAGUAUUUGUGACUCGGCAAAACCAGCCUAGUACAACACUAAGAGAAGUACUUAAAGACUUAACUGACUUGCAAAUAACAAAUUUUAGCACCACUCAUUCAAGCUAUGCAAUAUAUGGACCUGAGAGUUUUCCUUGGAUGGCUACCAUAGCCAUGUUUUCUUCCAUCAUAUUUCUACUCUUGCUUAGUUUUUUCAACCAUUUCGUUGUGCCCCCUGCCAAGAAGCCCUCUCAACAGAGAAAUCCCUCUUCUCAGAUGGAUCUCCUUCUCUUAUGUUCUUUUUUCGUAGCAGUCAUAUUUGGUGGCUUGGUGGUUAUUAUUAUAAGAUGGAAAAGGCUAAGGAAGGGAUUUCCAUUAUUUUCCAAUAAACAAAGACAACCCAUGAAACAAAGAUCACUUGAAGUCAACAAAGGUCUUGAAGAACAUGAAAUCCAUUUUGGAAGAAGGCCAAACUUUCCAGAUAUAUUCUCCAAUUUCACAAAUGAAUGCGGGGUAUCAGAGAUAGGCGUCUUGGAAAAGAACAAGGGAAAGAAUGGCGCUCUGAAUUUAAGGGGAAACUAUGCUGCUUUGACAAACCAUGCAGGCCCCGAGGACGAAAAGCAUCAUCAAAGCAUCAGCCACAGUCUCCCAAUCAUCCAAGCACCCAUUAUCAUAAUCAUCCCCCUCAUUGUCUUCACUCAUGCUACCCGGAAAACAUCCAUUAAUACCACCAAUGUUGCUUUGGCUGCUGCAUCUACCACUUCCUGA